AAAGCAACUGUGUGCUAAAUGGGUUUUUAAUAGGAACGUGGGUAUAAGCCUGGUAACGCACAGGUCAGAAGAUCGCCGCUUUAGUUUAUCGAGGGCGGGUUUUGUUUUGAAAAUGGCAACUGGUAAAGCUUUAAAUACAGAAAGUAAGAAAGUAAUCUCAAAAACUCAUGCUUACCAUGACACUGAAGAGAAAAUGGUUCAUUUUUAUGAUGAAUUGGCGCCAGAUUACGAUGAUGCAGUAAACAAUAAAUAUAUUGGUUACAGAGUUGCUGCAGAAGUGCUUCAGAAGUUUGUAUCAUCAAAGACGGCACGUAUUUUAGACGUUGCAACUGGAACAGGUCUUGUUGGUGUGCAGGUGGUUUUAUAGUGAUCACAAUGCGGAUAAAGUGGUUAUACGUCGAACCAAUUUACAACGAUGGAAAGCUACUAAAUGUCAUGCAGCAACUAGAAAAUGAAGGAUUUUGGGAACUAAUUGAGGAGGAGACCAGAAAUAAUACAGAUCUUCCUGACCAAAACCUUGUGACGUUUGUUUAUCUCGUGCGUUGAAUCGGAGGAUGUAAGAUUUUCGUUUGAUUGUUUACCUAUUACAGUUCCAGCCGGAACCUGAAAGGGAAGGGCAUUAUCCUGGCCUAGGAAGUACUAACUUGCCAGCAAUGUUGUAACCGAGAACGUCAACCGGCAGAGAAAUUAAGGCCAGCUUUGCGUUCUGUUUUCGUUCUGAAGAUUUGAUGUGAUUGCAGUUUUGAUGUUACUGUUUUGCCAUUUUGAUGUGAGCAUUCUAUUCACCGUAUUAUAUACAGUUUUGUGACUGUGACGCAGUAUUUUUUACAUUUUAUCAAUUUUAUUAUAGCGAUUGUUGUUUUUCAUUGCCACAUAAAGUACGGAUUCCGAUAAUUUGCAUGUUCAAAACCGCCACAUACCAUGGCUCGGAAGCGAUGUCGGAGACACGAAAAUCGUGGUGGAGCUAACAGUAGGAUUAUACUAUCUGUAAUAGCAGCAGAUGUUCAAAUGGGGAAUUCGCAUUCACCAUGUAAUAACGGCCAUGACUAUAUUCAAGCCGUUGACGUGGUUGUGAUGUUCGAAUCGUGGAUGAGCCCCGAUGACUGUUGUCAUCUAAGUAUGCACCACCGCAAGGCUCCACUUUUCCUAACUUCCUAAAACAUGGUGAAAUCUCUUUAAUUUUCAAGAAUUUUCUGAAACUUAUUAUCUCACCUAUGACGAGUUCGAGCACGCUUUGCAUUACUAAUCUAUCCACCAUCAGCAACUAAUAUGUUUAGCCUUAUGCAUGAUAUUGCGAAUCUAUUCGGUAAGCACAUAAAUGUGGGAGACUUAAAUGUUCGCGUCGACGAUCCAACCAAAACCAAUGUUUCCCAUUACCUUGAAGUUGUAAACGAACAUAACUUUAAGCAAGUUUCGAUCGCCCCAUCCAUAAGCUUGGACAUAUUCUUGACCACGUAAUAUGUCAUCAAGAUGAUGAUUUAAUCGCGAAUUGCUACGUAUCGCCUAACAGGUACGGCUCUGAUCAUUUUGUUAACGAGUGCUUCAUUAAUGUUUCAAAACCACGACCAGAAAAGAUAACCGUAUUUUCUAGAAGCUUCAAUGACUUCAACAUCUAUUCAUUCAAAACUGACUUAGCGAGAGAAAUUAAAGACCUUCAGGAUAACACAGAUGACCCAGAUAAACAAACCAAUUUAUACAACUCUGAAUUGUGCUAAGUAACGAACACGCUAGAAGAAAACGCCGGACAAGCGAAUGGAGAAAGACAAAAUGAAGAUCAUAAACAUUAUAUAUUUCAGCAAGCACGCGUAAUCGAAUUGAUUUUUGCAGAGAAAUUUGCGCUUCCAAAUUAUGUUGUGCCUGCAAAGACAGUAAAAAUCUGGAAAAAGGAAACUGGUCUGGCCACCGACUGAAUUACAGCCCGUAUGUAUCUGAGGAUGAUUCUCGGAUGCAUCAAGAGGGACCAACGAGCAUAGGCCUCUAAGUCUCGAAGCAUCAAGAGAAGACGAAAUAUUUUAAGGACUCUUUUUCGAACUGUGAUACUUGAACAAUGUAUUGGACUCUCUUUCAGGCAAAUCUCAUUACCUAGGUGCAUAAGGCCUGUUUAUACUUACAGCAAUAACGAUAAAAAGCUAUAAACAGCUGUAAACGAAAUAAGAGAAGUGUUUACCCAAUGACAAUUCGAUAACAAUUUAUCGUGUAUACGAUAACAAAAUAUAUUGACAAAUCAAUUCAAAUGACGCCAUAAUCAUGGAAAAACUAAAAUCGUUGUUACUACGUCGUUUUAUCGUUUUUCCAUUAUUUUGACUUCAUUUCAUUUCGAUGUAAAGCGCUUUUUCAUUUUAAGUUAAAAGCGCUAUAUACAAGUCCAUAUAUUAAUAUUAUUAUUAAGACAACCAUGUACUGUGAAAGUACAGACUACAGUAGUCUAGCAGUGGCAAAAAUGGUAGUGGGACUGGCAAAAUUUUUAUUUUCACUCACAAAAUGCACAAAACUGUAUUGUUUGAAUAUGACAAUGGUAAAAGUUUGAAACGUUUUUAUACUCUUUUGUAUAUUAAAUAUUAAGGUGUUGCACGUUAAUCAGAAUAUAUAAAUUGAUCUACUCUAUAAAGAGGCCUUGCAUUAAUACCGUAUAGUGCAAGGCCUCUUUAUUAACAUUAGGUGGAAGAAUAUGAUGUAUGCAACCUACACUGUGCUAUACGAUGAUUACUCUUCCGUAGUUAGGUCUUCCGUGAUUUAACAAAUUUGUAACGUUUAAGAACUAUUUUAAGCCUAACUAUAAUUUAAAUGUGGUAUGCGUGUUUUUCUAGUGUGUGUUAUUAAUGGAAUGUAUAAAUGCAUAAUAUCCUUCAAUAAAAUUAUUUAACAGAUGCGACACUUAAAGCUUGAACAGGUAAAGGUAUAAUGUAGCCAGCUUGUGGGGCCUUACCCCUAAAUGAGAGAGAACAAAAGAAUUAUAUUCAAGUGUUGUCUGAGAGUGGCAUUUCAGACAUCUAGUGGUGCAAUAAUCAUAAAUGUUUCUACCUCAGCCCCACCAUGUUUGCACUCACCCAAUAAAAAUCCUGCGUACGGGCCUGUUUUUGAAUAGGUCUAUACAUUAUCAGUUAUCCUUGGGUAAUCACAGUGGGAGAAAUUGUGAUGAUCAUUGUGGUAAGGCCUAGAAUCUCCUUGUGAUCAUUGGUAAUAAAAGGCGUGUAUUUCAAUACUGGAGUAUGUAUUAUACUUUCUUAUCUGAGAUUAAUCAGUGGACCUUUCGGUAAAUGGUAGUCUACUUUAUGAACUUUGUUAGGAAAUACCACUGUGAAAUCAUUGGAUGAUUAAGCUUAGCAAUUAGAAAUAAUUAUAUAGAAUUAUGGAGAGGCUAUUCACUUAUACAAUGAACAAGGUUUACAGGGUAUCCCAAAUGUAUUUAGUCAGAAUUUGUGCACCUUUUUCGGCAGUAGGUCAUUCUGUCUUCACACUAUACCAAAUAAAAUCUGAGUUAUACUAAA